AUGAACGCGACCCAACGGAUCAAACUAAUGAAGCACUUUGGUUCCGUCCCGCCGGAGCCCCCGCCGCCUCUGCUGGUGGUGCCUAAAACCGGUAUGGAGGAGCUCACAAUAUGGGAGCAGCACACAAUAACGCUGAACAAAGAUCCCAAAUUGGGUUUUGGCUUUGCCUUAUCUGGAGGCAGGGACAAGCCGCAUCUGGACAACGGAGAUACCGCGGUGAUCGUAUCGGACGUGCUGCCUAAUGGACCCGCUAUGGGACGCUUGUUUAACAAAGACCAGAUCGUCAUGGUCAACGGGGUCUCCAUGGAUAACGUCCAUUCCAACUUCACCAUUCAGACCCUCAAGUCAUGCGGCAGGACGGCUAACAUUACAGUGAAACGUCCUCGGAAAAUCCAGAUCCCGGCUACAACCAGGCCAGCUCGCGCCGCCUCCCACUCUAACCUGUUGGACCAAGACCCACCGAGAAGAAUGCGACGCUAUUCAGAUGCCAGCGACAACAGGGACGCCAGCCGCUACCGCACACGGGCACGCAGCUCCUCUCCCGAUCGCAACGGUUACGGAGGAACAAUGCCAUUGGUGUCGUCGGGAUACAAGAGGCUACCGCACCAUGAUGUUGUUGACAAGCCCCUCAGAACAACUCUGGUUAAAAAGAAAAUUUCAGACGAGUACGGCUUGAAGUUGGGCAGUCAGAUAUUCAUCAAGCAUAUGACUGAAACGGGCUUAGCAGCAAAGGAAGGCACUCUGCAAGAAGGCGACCUGAUUUUAAAGAUCAACGGCAUGACCACGGAAAACCUCUCCCUGCUAGAAACCAAGCACCUGGUGGAGAAGAGCCGCGGCAAACUGACAAUGACAGUCCUACGUGACCAACGGAAGUUUCUGGUUAGCAUCCCUGAGGUGGAGGACAGCGCCCCCAACAGUGAGGAUGAGCGUCGGCGUAGACGCAGCAGUUCUGAGAUGGAGGACAUUUCUGACCUGGAUGAUCAUUCACCUUCCCGCAGAACCUCACGUCAUCCGACAAGAGAGAAACGGACGCACAGGACGAGAGCAGAACUUCCUUCUUUGGUCGUCAAGUCUAGGGAUUCUUCUCCCGUGCGCUCCACUUUACCUCGACCCCCUGCGAGAGGCUUUGCAUCGCGUCGGGCACCGUCUGACUCGGAGUCGGACCGCAGCGCCUCUCCACCACCCGCCAGGACAGACAGUCUGAACCAUUCCAGCAAAUACAAAAGCCUGCCUGGAUUGUCCACCCUGCCAAACCCAAAGUCCUCGCCCGCCGCCCACAACUGGUCGUCGUCCAGGCCCGCCUCAUCAUCCUCACGGCCACGCAAGCCCGUGUCGGAUUCUGACUCAGACCGCAGCGGGUCCCCCCAUAGAGGAAGCCCUAGCAGAUAUAAAGUUCUUCCUUCUGAUUUGUCCCAUACUGGUGUGAGAUCUUCCCCCAUUAUGGUGCGCCAGGAGCCCCCAAGGAGGGUCAACUCUCCCUUGAGAGUCCCACCCCCAGAUUCCGAGUCAGAGUCGGAAGGCAGCUCGGCGCCUCCUCGGAGGCGGAGCACCGCCUACAGUCAAGACUCGUACAACAGCAGCAGAUACAGAGUUUUGGCAGAUGUUACCUCGCAACCGGAAACAGGCCGACCCAGUGCUUCCGGGAUACCGGUCGGCGUUGCGCCACGCAGAGCUUCGUCCGAGUCUGAUUCAGAGGCCAGUUAUACGUCCGCCCCUCGCAGGCACUCCACAGACAGUGAGAAGUCAGAACGAGCCAGAAACCGAUACAGAGUCCUUCCCGAGAUCAGGCCAUCUUCGGCAGAUGUGAAUCCGGAGCCGCCUCGCCGAAUCCCAUUGCCCGUCCACCCGCCACCUGAUGAUUCCUCAGACUCUGAUGAUUUGUCACACCUCCGGAGAUCGGGCAGCUCAGACCGCGGCGAUAGCAGACGCAGUGCUCCUGAUGUGGCACACAAAAACAGCACCAUGAUGUCCGGAAUCUCCGUAAAGAGCAGGCCGUCAGUCAGCUCAUCUGCUCCCACUGCGCUGGCAGAAGAGCCCAUCUACUCCUUACCUCCAGAUUCCUACCCGACAACCCACCAAGGGUACAGCUCAGACUUGCAAACGGUGUCGUUUGUCAAGGAAAGCAGCGUUGGCCUGAGGCUGGUGGGCGGCAACGACGUGGGUAUCUUCGUGGGAGGGGUGCAACCCAACAGCCCCGCCUAUGAACGGGGGAUGCAAGAGGGUGACCAGAUCUUAAAGGUCAAUAACACCGAUUUCAGCCAUUUCACUCGAGAAGAGGCCGCAAAUUUCCUGCUUAACAUCAAGAGAGGAGAGAAUGUGGACAUUCGCACUCAGAACAAGAUGGACAUCUAUAAAAAGAUCAUCAAGUCCAACCUAGGGGAUAACUUCUACAUCCGAACGCACUACGACCACGAGACCGAUCACCCCAUAGGCCUGAAUUUUACACGAGGAGAGGUGUUCAGGGUGGUGGACACCAUGCACCGCGGGAAGCUCGGCAACUGGCUGGCCAUCCGCAUGGGCAACGACCUUCACGAGUUGGAUAAAGGCACCAUUCCCAACCAGACCAGAGCGGAAGUGCUGGCAAUGCAAGAGCAGACACAGAGGGCAAGCGGCGAGAGACCUGUAACGGGCCCUAGAGCCGAAUUCUGGAAACUACGGGGCCUCAGAGGGAACAAAAAGAAUGAAAAGAACACACGCCGCACACGGGAAGACCUCUUGCAGCUCACCAUUCAGGGCAAAUUCCCGGCUUACGAGAGAGUCCUGCUCCGAGAGGCUAAUUUUAAGCGGCCCAUCGUUAUCCUGGGUCCUCUUAACGAUAUUGCAAUGGAAAAGCUGGCCAAGGAGAUGCCUGAUGAAUACGAAGUAGCUGAGAUGGUUCCUCGCAGCGGGGGCGGCGAUAGCACCUCAACGGUGAUCAAACUCGACACUGUGAGGAAGAUAGCUGAGAAGAACAAGCACCCUCUUCUGGACAUCACACCCACUGCUGUGGAGAGGCUCAACUACAUCCAGUACCACCCCAUGGUGAUCUUCUUGGACCCGCACAGCCGCAAGGACGUCAAGACCAUGAGGCAGCGCUACAGCCCCGACUCCAACAAGAGCUCCAGACGCCUCUACUCGCAGGCUCUCAAGCUCAGGAAAGACUGCAGUCAUCUUUUCUCAGCGCGUGUUGACCUGCAGCCUGGUUCCAAUGUUUGGUACCAGGUUCUCAAGGACAAGAUUCGCCACCAACAGUCCAAACCAGUUUGGGUUUCUGAAGUCACAUUGGAGAGCGGAGGAGAACAGGACCUGGACGCGCUGGAUCAAACUCAGUCCGACUACCUCAGCGCCGCCAGCGACCUGGAGGACACGGACGGCGAGGCCUUCACGGAUGGCGAGGCAUACACAGACAAUGAGGAACUAGAGGAAGCCUACCCGGGUCAAGCCGCAGCCAAGGGCCCCAGGGCGUCCGGCGCCGCUUUGGCUCGCUCGUCCGAGCCCGCCUGGAGCCAGCACGGACACGACGAGGAGGCCGACAACGACACUUACGACGAAGUGUAUUCUCCGGGCAGAGAAAUCCCGCCUUUGAUGCACGUUCCGGAGCCCUCAACAAUCCGACGCCAGAGCCGCAGCCCACCUCUGCAUCACCCGGACGACGUUCCUUCAGUCCGCAGUUUUUCGGACUCUGACUUCAACCACUUGGACGCGCUUUCACCCGACGCGCCGUCAGACGGACCCCCAGAUUUUAUCGCCCCCGACCCGACGACGCGGUAUUCCUAUAGCGAGCGAUCUUAUGCAGACCAGGAGCCUGAGAGUUCCCAGCAAGCUAGCCUGUUUGCUAUUGAGGACAAACUACAGCAGGCUCGACAGGCAGAGCCGCAGACCCACACAGAGGAGAAGAAAGCCCUUCAGUUCAUAGUGGUGGCUCAGCACGAAGCGGUUCAGGUCAGACGCACGCACAUCCGAGGAGGCAGCAACAGCUCAGACGAUGACGAAGACUACGACGAAGAGGACGACAUCGAAUGGGGGCCGGCGACAGAACUGUAG